CCCGUUCCAUUCUGAAGCUGCUGUAGAUUAAGGGAGAAGUUUAAUAGGGUGCACGGGCUGACCGCAUUGGCUUGAAUUACUCUUUCUGGGAGGUCUUCAAAUUCUCUGACUUCUGUCAUGGCAGCGACAACAGUGCGUUCUCUCCUAAAGAAGAGGGUACUUCUUCAAUUGGGACACAGAUGUUACUCCUCUUCUGUGCCUACCACAAAGCUGUUUAUUGAUGGGAAGUUUGUUGAAUCCAAGAGUUCAGAAUGGUUAGACAUUCACAAUCCUGCCACCAAUGAGGUGAUCGGCCGGGUCCCUAAAGCCACACAGGAGGAGAUGUUGGCUGCUGUGGACUCAUGCUCGCGAGCAUAUCACUCUUGGUCUGAGACUUCCAUUUUGACCCGUCAGCAGGUUUUCCUCCGCUACCAGCAGCUCAUUAAAGACAACAUUAAAGAGCUGGCUAAGCUGAUCACUCUGGAGCAGGGGAAAACACUGGCAGAUGCUGAGGGCGAUGUGUUCAGAGGAUUACAGGUGGUAGAACAUGCAUGUAGCAUCACUUCCCUUAUGCUGGGGGAGACUCUGCCCUCCAUCACUAAAGACAUGGAUACCUACACAUACCGGCUACCUCUUGGUGUCUGUGCUGGUAUUGCCCCUUUCAACUUUCCUGCCAUGAUCCCACUCUGGAUGUUCCCUAUGGGCAUGGUUUGUGGGAACACGUACCUGAUGAAGCCCUCGGAGCGUGUGCCCGGAUGUACAAUGAUGCUGGCCAAGCUGCUGCAGGACGCUGGAGCUCCAGAUGGCACACUCAACAUCAUCCACGGCCAGCACAGUGCUGUGAACUUCAUCUGUGAUCACCCUGCUAUAAAAGCCAUAAGCUUUGUUGGCUCCAACCAGGCAGGAGAGUACAUCUACGAGAGAGGCUCCAAAAACGGCAAGCGAGUGCAGUCAAAUAUGGGGGCAAAGAACCAUGGUGUGGUAAUGCCCGAUGCUAAUAAAGAGAACACUCUGAACCAGCUGGUGGGUGCUGCAUUUGGAGCAGCUGGUCAAAGAUGUAUGGCACUUUCCACUGCCGUCUUGGUUGGAGAAGCUUGCAACUGGCUGCCUGAACUGGUAGAGCGUGCCAAGAACCUGCGUGUCAAUGCAGGUGACCAGCCAGGUGCUGACAUUGGCCCCCUGAUCACCCCUCAGGCCAGGGACCGUGUGAACAGACUCAUCCAGAGUGGAGUGGAUGAGGGUGCUAAACUGCUGCUUGAUGGCAGGAAUGUGGCCGUUAAAGGCUUUGAGAAUGGCAACUUUGUGGGACCCACCAUCAUCAGUAAUGUCACACCUGACAUGCAGUGCUAUAAGGAGGAGAUCUUUGGCCCGGUCUUGGUGGUCUUAGAAGUUGACACUUUGGAUGAAGCCAUCAGUAUCAUCAAUAAAAACCCAUAUGGAAAUGGAACCGCCAUUUUUACCACCAAUGGUGCUGUAGCUCGCAAAUACACCCAUGAGGUGGAUGUUGGCCAGAUUGGAGUGAAUGUACCAAUUCCUGUUCCCCUUCCAAUGUUCUCCUUCACUGGCUCUAGGGCCUCUUUCAGGGGUGAUACCAAUUUCUAUGGCAAACAGGGCGUCCAGUUCUACACACAGAUCAAAACUGUUACUUCACAGUGGAAGGAAGAGGAUGCUACCGUAAAAUCUCCAGCAGUUACCAUGCCAACCAUGGGACGUUAAAUUUCAAGAGAGCACCCAAAUACUGACCUCUCUCAAAGCCCCUGAAGUGUAGCAUUUGCUGUACAGACGGGUAUAAAGUGACUUGGGAUUUUUACUAGUGUAGAAAUUUUAAACCAAUUACAGGGAUUUUUACUAGUAUAGAAAUUUUUAAUCAGUGACAAAUAGACAAAUAGUCUAGUUCCACUAGACUAUUCAACUUUCUGAUCCCUACUACAGUAUGUCCAAAACUGCUAUAUUUCUUUCCAUAGCGCCGUUUGCUUUUCCACAUGUUAAUGUGGAACAACUGGUAACUGAAAUUUGGAAUCUGUUUUUCACUGAAGAUUACACAGAUGCAAAGAAAUCUACAGCCUAAAAAAAUGUGGCUAGGCAAAGCAUUAAUGCUUUUCAAUUUUAUUACAUCAUACAACAUUAUCACAUUAUGUGGUGGUCUCCUUCCUUUUUAAAAUGUGUUUCAAAUAUAAGCUUUAAAAAACA